AUGGCCCCUCAAAAGGUUGUCGUCAUUGGAGCUACUGGCUCCCAGGGUGGAGCUGUUGUUAAAGAGCUGCUUGAACAUCCCGACAGCUACCAACUCCGAGCCCUCACUCGCAACACUGCAAAGCCAGCCGCCCAAGCCUUGGCUAAGCUGGGAGUGGAGCUGUGCUGUGUCGAUCUGAGCAGCGGGCGUGAUGCCCUUGCAGCCGCAUUCUCCGGUGCCGAUGCCAUAUAUGCUCUGACCGACUUCUGGCAGACGCAGUCGGCAGACGACGAGAUCGCGCAGGGGAAAGCAAUCGCUGACGCGGCAGCUCAGACGACGGCGCUCAAGCACCUUAUUUGGAGCGCUCUUCCUGACCCUGUCAAGCUGUCGGGCGGACUGUUCUUGAACGUCCAUCACUGGAAGGGCAAGAGUUUGGUAACGGAGUAUAUCCGGGACUCAAAACCUGAACUUUGGGCAAAGACCACGACAAUCCUCUUUCCGAACUAUUUCGAAAACUGUUUGACUACACCAGACAGGUAUCUUCCGGUUAAGGAUGCCUCUGGAAUCUACACUCUUAAGUUUCCGCACAGCCCAGAGACCGUUAUGCCUAAUGUCGCCAUUGCCGACACUGGCAAACUUGUGCGUACUAUAUUUGAGGCGGGCUCGCAAUAUUUCAAAAAGACUAUUGCGUUCUAUUCCCAAAGCUUGUCAGAGGCGGAAAAACUGGCUACAAUCGGAAAGCUCUAUAAUAUUCCUACAUCUUACCGAAAGUCUAGCUCCAGCGAGUUCCAGAGGCUUCUUCAGUCCCGCGAUGGGUUAUCUGAGGAAAUUGCGCUUGACUUUGCUGAGCAGCUGAUGAUCUUUGAGAAGUGCGGCAAUGUCUACGCAAGUGAAGAAUUUGUGCAGGCCUCCGAGAUUCCGGGCUUAAAACUCAAAAGCUGGACUGAAUUUCUUGAUGAAUAUGACUUGCCUUUGAAGGGUCUGAAUUAA